CCGUCAAUGCAGCCGGAGUGUUCACUGUGAGCACGGAUUACAAUUAUUCCCAAAGUGGAAACUUCUACAUUUCAGAUUUUUUAAACAUUAAAAGACCAGAUCAUGAAGGAAAAAGUAGAUCCUUGUCUAGAUUCUGCUGAAUAAUGACAGUUUUGUUAAGAAAUCCAGGCGUCAAAAGAAGCUGAAAUGCGCUGAAUUUAGAGAAGUGGACGUGCGUUCAGGUAACAGGUGGCACUUUUUGGACACAGUGUAUUUUUAGCCUAUUACGUCAGUGUUGUAUCUCUGGGAUCCAGUAACCAUCUUAAUGCCUUGACUAUCAGUGGAUAUGCGUUUUUGAAAACAUGCAGUGCAUUGAUCUGAUGUCCCAGAGUAAAACGAGCAUGGAGACAGAGAGAAGCCGAGAUUAGUAAACUUUUCUGGCAAGCAAAGUGAAAAAUCCAACCAGCAAAAGCGGCUUCAGAGUGAAGACAAGCUCCGAUGAAUGGACAGCAGGAUGUUUUCUGGUCAGGCUGGUCUGAAUUACAGCUUCAACCUGAGCGAUGACCAGGAGCUGGAGGACGCGCCUGCGGGCAGAGGGAAGCUGUCCCCGGCGGGCUUCGUGGCGCUGUCCGUGGUGCUGGGCUUUAUCAUGACUUUCGGCUUCCUCAACAACUUUGUCGUGCUGCUGCUGUUUUGCAAAUUCAAAAAGCUGCGGACGCCGGUGAACAUGCUGCUGCUGAACAUCAGCGUGAGCGACAUGCUGGUGUGUUUGUUCGGCACCACUCUCAGCUUCGCCUCUAGUAUCCGUGGGAAGUGGCUGCUGGGGCCCAGCGGCUGCAGCUGGUACGGCUUCAUCAACUCCUGCUUCGGUAUUGUUUCGCUGAUCUCUCUGGUCAUCCUCUCCUACGACCGCUACAGCACUCUGACUGUUUACAACAAGCGUGGGCCGAACUACCGUAAGCCCCUGUUGGCUGUCGGGGGCUCCUGGCUGUACUCUUUGUUCUGGACUGUGCCCCCUUUGUUGGGCUGGAGCAGCUAUGGCAUUGAGGGGGCGGGCACCAGCUGCUCCGUAUCCUGGACGGUUCGGACAGCUCAGUCGCACGCCUACAUCAUCUGCCUCUUCAUUUUCUGCCUGGGGAUACCUGUGCUGGUGAUGAUCUACUGUUACAGCAGGCUUCUGUGGGCAGUCAAACAGGUGGGGAAGAUUAGAAAGACAGCCGCCCGGAAGAGGGAGUACCACAUCCUGUUCAUGGUUCUGACAACGGCGGCCUGUUAUCUGCUGUGCUGGAUGCCUUAUGGUGUCGUUGCCAUGAUGGCGACAUUCGGGCCGCCCAGCAUCAUCAGCCCUGUAGCCAGCGUGGUGCCUUCACUGCUGGCCAAGAGCAGUACAGUCAUCAACCCUCUCAUCUACAUACUCAUGAAUAAACAGUUCUACAGGUGUUUCCUGAUUCUGUUCCACUGCGACCACUGGUCAGGAGAGAACGGCAACAUCUCCAUGCCCUCGAAGACCACUGUGAUCCAGCUGAACCGCAGGGUCUACAGCAACACGGUGGCCUGCACCGCGCAGAUGUCCACCGACGCUCUCAACCAGUGCUGCAGCACCCCUAACACCAAGCACACCAACCCCCCUGAGGUCCAGAACUAAGUCAGGGGUAAUCUCAACAUGAGCACGAAGGAAAUACAGUUAAACUGACGCUUACACUUGCAACGUGAACUUCUGUGGAAUGUGGACUAAAGCAAGAUGUUUGCAAGAGUAAAUUUAUUUUCUGUACUUUUCUGUGUGAGCUUGUGUUUUACAGAAUAUAAUCUUUUUUGUGUCCAUUUCAUUUUUAUGUUUUAAGUUUGCAAUGUCCAAAAAAUAAAAAGGUACUAUAAAUCUUUAAUUUGCAUUAUAUGGCCAAAAUUCUGCUUUCUUAUCUCUAAUCACAAGCGUUAUUAAAAUGUUGCACCAACAGCAUCCACUUCUCCAGAAAAGCUACCCCCAAAUUCUGGACUUAAGGCGUCUGAGAUUUGCUCCCUUAGAGCCACGAUGUGAAGUCGAGUGCUGAUAUUUGGUGAUAAGACCUCACUUGCAGGCAGCUUCUACUUCAUCCAAAAGGGGUUUGAAGGGUUUAGCUUGAGCCCCUCUGUGGGCCAGUCCAGCUCUUAAGCGGGAAACAGUUUGAAACUACUUAUUUUCUGGUCUUACUUUGACAAAAAGAGCUUUAUAGCGUUGAAAGGAUCUUCACAAAACUGUUUAAAGUGUUAUUUUCACGCUAGUAUUAGCAUUCCUGCAGUUCGGAAGUAGAAGCUGCUGAUCAAAUGCACACCAGAGAGUGUGUACAUGUAUUUUAGGCCAUAUAAUGUACUUGUAUUUCUUUCUUUCAAUAUGGGUUUCACAGAUUACGGUAAUGGCUUGUAUAAAAAGGUUUCAUAGGAGUACAUGAUUUCUGUAAACUCCUCUGUCACUGAGACAAAGCACAAUUUUUCUCUUAUGACAUUCCAACAAUGGUGAUAAUAAUCAAGAAAUAUUUCUUCCCAGGAAGAAGAAGAAGUUUGGAGAAUUUUGUGGUUUGUCAAAACUCUGAAGAUUUCUGUAACGCAUUUUCCUUUGGCUGAACUCCUUUUUGAAAUCCAGGUCCUGUUAUGGUCAUGUCUUCUCUACAACACAAAAUCCCUGUGUCUACUUUCUGUUGCUGUUCGGUCACUGUCACUGUGCUACUGUAAACGCCAACGCUUGAUAAUCAUUUGUGCUUCUUCAAUCAGUGUGUAAGUGGUUCAAUGUGCUCAUGAUUUAAGCUUCAUCCUUUCCUCCAGCAUCUGCGCUGUUCUGCAGAAUCCUGAAAAUGAUCACUAAAAGGCUUUACCCGACUUUCAACUUGUAUAUACGUACAUCGAAAUUUCAUAUUUUUUGGGUCUGUGAUAUUGCAUGAUUUUGUUGCAUGUUUCUUUGUAUGAUCACUUUUGAAUGGAUCAGAACCAUGGAGAUCCAGACAGUAAAUAUCAUCUUCAUUUGAUGCAAGAGACAAGCUAGGCUUCCAUGGUGGAGCCAUAGGCCUGUUGGAUACAAGGACAAUAAUGGCCAAAAUCCCAUAUGGGGAGGGGAGCAGACAAAAAGUGGAAAUGGGAUGCCAAAUGGCUUGUGUCACGACUUACAGACUUUCAAUGCCUGGAUGGAAAAGAAGGGAGGAUGGAAAAGAAGGGAGGAAAUCUGUGAUGUUUGACUGUCUGAAGCACAGGAUGAUCAACACAAGACUAAUGAUAAGCCAAGAUGACACUAACUAAUUGCGGAAGAGAAACCUAGAUGCUCUCUUCAAGCAUCGUUAUGGUAUUUACGAAAGCCUCCUGAACACGUCUGCUGAGCUUUUUCCGGAAAAGUCACAGGUUUCAGAGGGUUUAUUCACAAUUCUGGUCCACAGCCAGAAACAAGUGCAGCAUGGUGCCGAAUGCAACAUUCUCAGAGCUUGUGCAGCUUGAGUCGCUAAUGUUUCACUGUGAAACAGCAAUGGCCGACCUCUCUCACUGCAGGGUGGUGAUGACACUCAGCUAUAGGACAGUAUUUGGACAAUCUGACUUCAGCUCAUCUGGAAGCUGACAGGAGUUAGUCCCAACCAAGACUGGAUGCUAUCCCAGUAUGACUCUAAGUGACGUGGUCAUUUCAUUGUGUUUGACUGUUGGUUUUCUUUGUUUUAAUAAACGUCAUUGCUGUGGAAGAGAA